UUCUCCCUAUUUUCUUCUCAUUCAAAUGAAGGGUUAACUUUCGACAAAGCUCUGGAACAUCUUUGAUGCCAAAGGUUAUAUAUAUACAACUCGUGCUUUAAAACAUAAUGCUUUUCUUUGUUUUAUCCUCAUGGAUCCAAAAUUGGUAAAAUCUGCUCAAUUGGGAGACACUGACGCACUUAAUGAAUUACUGGAAGGCGAUCCCUUGAUAUUAGACAGAGUUGCUUUAUCUCAGAUUGCAGAAACUCCAUUGCAUAUCGCUACACUUGCAGGGAGAGCCAACUAUGUAAGAGAACUUCUGAGUCUAAAGCCUUCUUUCACAGAGGAGCUGAACAAAGAUGGCUUUACUCCUUUGCACAUAGCAGCAGCCACAGGAAACACUGAGAUAGUGAGAGAGUUAUUAUCGUUGAAGCUUAGGCCUAACCUUUGCCUUCUCAAGGACAAGUUUGGGAUGAACCCACUUCAUCAUGCAGCCAUAAGAGGAAGGGUUGGUGUCAUUCAAGAGUUGGUUUCUUGCUGUCCUGAUGCGGCCAAACAAGUCACUGCUCAAGGUGAGACUGUUUUUCACCUUGCUGUGAAGAAUCACCAGUUUGAAGCACUUAGGGUUUUGGUGAAGCUUUGUGAUGAUGAUGAGAUUAUGACCUCUAAAGACAGAGAUGGAAGAACCGUCCUAGAUAUUGCCAUGGCUACUAAACAACUCCAAGUUCUGGAGUUGUUGGGUUUCAAAGGCAAAACAGACAAAGACAGUACCACCUUAGAGGUCCUCACAGAAAACCACUUAGAGACACCUAAAUCCAUAACACACAAUGGAAAUGCGGACACAGCUCAGACUUCUCAGCAAACAGGAGAGAACUCUAAUAAGGGCAUAUGGGAGAGUUUAGAACAAAUGGUACUAGUUGUGGCCAGUUUAAUAGCUACAGUCACUUACCAAGCUGGCCUUUCACCUCCACAAACAAUCUGGAAGGAAGACAUGAAGAACCAUCCCAAGUGCAUCUUCCACAGAACCAACCAAUCUUAUUCUUGUCCAGAUAUCACUUACUAUCUAUUCAUGUCUUUCAACACAUCUGGGUUUUUCGCUGCUGCCUUCCUCAUAUUCUUCUACAGAAACGGGUCCUAUGUCAGGGUGUUGCUGCCUGUUGCUCUUGUUUCUAUGAUGAUAACUUACAUAACUCUCUCAGUUUCUAUGUCACCUAAUGUUUUGUCCUUGUUCAUUCUUUACCUAAUAACACUGGCCAUUUUCCUUUACUGCAUUCUGGCAAUUGAAAUGGUUAGGAAGCUUAUUCACAAAAUCUUCAAUUAUGCACAUGACAGAGCUAGUAAGCUAGCAAAGCUAGCAUAUGAGAGAUAUAAGUCGGUUGGCAGUUCAGGAGAGCAAGCAUGAGGACUUUGUCCCGUGUGAAAAUUCUUAUACACAUACGAAGGAUAACGUUUGAGGAGUGACUGGAUUUUGUAUGCUGCAGAUUAUGAUUGUACAUCACUAUUACUAUUUGGGGAAGUGUUUGUGUUAAUUUAAGUUUAGCAGCAGGUUUGUUCAUACAAUACAAGCACGAGGACUUUGUCCCAUGUGAGAAUUCUUAUAUACAUACGAAGGAUAACGUUCGACGGGUGACUGAAUUCUAUAUGCUGCAGAUUAUGAUUGUACAUCACCAUUACUAUUUGUGGAAGUGCUUGUGUUAAUUUUAGCAGUAGGAGUGUUCAUACAAUCCUUGUCCCAUGUGAGAAUUCUUGUAUACAUACGAAGGAUAAUAUUUGAUGAGUGACUGAAUUCUAUAUGCUGCAGGUUAUGAUUGUA